UGGGAAGUCAGCAUUUGACAUUAAUCGGAAAGGAAGUAGAAUAGCAUCAUAUAUUGCAACUCCAGAGAACAAUAUCACAGGACCCAGUGGUGAAAAAAUUCAAUCCAUUUGUGGAAUGCAGACUUAUAAAGAUAAAAGCCAGGAGGAGUUGAGGUUUGAGGACUACCAGUUAGGUGAUAAAGGAACGUUAGCCUUUAAUGCAGCAAUGAAUGCUACAUCUGGUCAAACUCAAAUCAUAUUUCCGGGAUCAUCCACUUCACAAACAUUUGGAAAGAAAUAUGACGUUAACAGCGUGGCCAAUGAACCUCUGUUUUGGUCCAGAGAUGCCAAUGCCUCAGGCUUCUCCGCAUUUGGAUCUUUACAAGCUACUUCAUUUGGUGUUUCAAGCAACUCACACUUUGUCACCCCAAGUUUUAAUUCCUAUUCCUUUGGCCAACCAGCAAUAUCCAUGUCAGGGAUCAAAGAUCAAAUUUGCAAACCAGGAAAAGAAAGUACAACAUCUUUGCUCCGGAGCUCUGGUUUUGGAAAGUCCGCAUUUGGUAUUAACCAGAAAGGAAGUAGAACAACAUCAUACAUUGCAACUCCAGAUAUAGAUAGCACAUGUCUCGAUGGUGGAGGAAUUCAAUCCAUUUGUGGAAUGCAGACUUAUCAAGAUAAAAGUCAGGAGGAGUUGAGGUUUGAGGACUACCAGUUAGGUGAUAAAGGACCAUUAGACUUUAAUGCAGCAAUGAAUGCUACAUCUGGUCAAACACAAAACGUAUCUAUGGGCUCGUCCACUUUACCAACAUUUGGAAAGAAAUAUGACUUUAAUAGUGUGGCCAAUGAACCUCUAGUGUGGUCCAGGGAUGUCAAUGUCUCAGACUCCUCCAUACUUGGAUAUCCAAGAGGUCCUGCAUUUGGUGUUUCAAGCAACUCACACUAUGGCACCCCAAGACUUGAUUCAUACUCCUUUGGCCAACCAGCAGUAUCCAUGUCAGGGAGCAAAGGAAAAGAAAGUACACCUUUUUUCAAGAGCUCUGGUUUUGGAAAGUCAACAUUUGGCAUUAAUCAAAAAGGAAGUAGAACAGCAUCAUAUACUGCAACUCCUGAUAACGAUAUCACAGGAACCCGAAUUCAAUCCAUUUGUGGAAUGCCGACUUAUAAAGAUAAAAGCCAGGAGGAGUUGAGGUUUGAGGACUACCAGUUAGGUGAUACAGGAACAUUAGCCUUUAAUGCAGCAACGAAUGCUAUAUCUGGUCUAUCACAAAACAUAUAUCCGGGCUCAUCCACUUCACAGACAUUUGGAAAGAAAUAUGAUGUUAACAGCGUGGCCAAUGAACCUCUGUUGUGGCCCAGAGAUUCCAAUGUCGCAGACUUCUGUGCAUUUGGACCUCUAAAAGCUUCUUCAUUUGGUGUUUCAAGCAACUCACACUUUGGCAUCCCAAGUUUUAAUUCCUAUUCCUUUGGCCAACCAGCUGUAUCGAUGUCAGGGAUCAAAGGAAAAGAAAGUACUUUGCUCCAGAGCUCUGGUUAUGGAAAGUCCGCAUUUGGUAUUAAUCAGAAAGGAAGUAGAAUAGCAUCAUACAUUGCAACUUCAGAUAUAGAUAACAUAUUUCUCGAUGGUGGAGGAAUUCAAUCCAUUUGUGGAAUGCAGACUUACCAACAUAAAAGCCAGGAGGAGUUGAGGUUUGAGGACUACCAGUUAGGUGAUAAAGGUCAGAAAUGUGGUUCUUCAUUUGGUGUUUCCGGCACACAGGGGUUUGGUGUCAUCGACAAAAUGAGGCCUUUCAUAUCACCAGUAUUUAACCAAUCAACUGUUAAUCAACCUGUUUAUUCCCAUUUUCCAAGUACAUUUGCAGUGGAAAGAGCGGGGAUUGACUCUCUAUCAAAUGAAAAUUCUACCCCAUUUUCGAAGCCACAGCAGCAGUCCAUUUCCCAUAUAUUCCCCCCAAACACGUCAUUGUUAAACUCUUGUGGCACUGGAAGUAGAGUGCAAUCUACUGCCUCAAAUGUUUCUUUUUCUCCGUGGAUCCAUUCAAGUCCGUUUGCACCUUUUAAUCCAGCUUCCAGUUCUUCCACUACCUCCACCUUUUCUCCAUCAAGGAAUCCGUGGUCUUUAUCAAUAUCUACCUCUCUAUCUCCAUGUUCAGUUUCACCUUCUAUAUAUCCUUUGUUAGCAAAACCAUCAGGCCCUGAUUUUGAUCAAAAGAACUAUGUUCCUCCCACACCUGUUUUAACUACAGGUGGCGCUCCACAAUCCACAUUUUGCUUGAACUGCCUAAAGCAGUCACAACCUACUCCACCAGGACUUUCUAAUGUUUCAAGCACUCCGCUUGCGACGAGUCAAAAUACUCCUCUGUUCUCUGUUCCUCUGCAGCCAGAAAUGACUCCUAAAGUUGGAGCAACACUUCCAACAACCAAGUCUUCUCACCCAUCAACAGGUGCUAGUUGCUCAGAAAUUGGACAAGGAGUUGGUCAGCAGCCAAGUGUCAAUGGCCAACAGUCUUACUUUCCGAGAAUCAUGGAAGUCAAGCCAUCACCAGUUAUGCCUCCUGCUGAAACACAACCUUCAGUCCAAAUCUCAGUUGAGCACCCGUAUUUGGAAACAUCCAUCCAGUAUGGAAUUUCUAGUUUACCUAUACUCUUUGUCAUGGAUAAAGAAAACGCUUCUGGUGUACUAAGGACAGAAGUCAUCAUCAUUCCAAGGGACCGGGUUCGUCCUACCGCAGAAUCUCCACUGGGGGCUGAUUCAUCUAUGGACAGGAUGCAUGACGGAGACAAUGUUGGUGACAAGCCCAAGUUAGAGCCUGAAGAGAUGCAUCAUGAUAAUUGUGGCAAUGAUAAGGAUGUGGAUGGCAUUAUGCCAAAGCUUCAACGUGCUGAUUACUACACCGUUCCUCCUAUGGAGGAGUUGCUAUCCAAGGAGAAGGAAGAAGCUGAUUUCUGUUGCCACGUGAAGGACUUUGUGGUAGGAAGACAUGGGUAUGGAAGCAUCAAGUUCUUGGGAGAAACAGAUGUCCGGAAGCUUGACCUUGAUUCUGCUGUCCAGUUCAAUCAUCGUGAAGUGGUCAUCCAUAUGGAUGAGAGCAAGAAGCCUCCAGUUGGACAAAGCCUCAACAAGCCAGCUGAGAUAACUCUCCUUAAUGUCAGAUGCAUCAACAAAUCGACUGGUAAGGAGUACAGAGAUGGACCAAUGGUCAACAAGUACAGAGAUAUGCUUAUUAAGAAAGCAGUAGAGCUUGAUGCAGAGUUUGUUUCUUAUGAUCCAGCGGAAGGGCAGUGGAAAUUUAGGGUGUCACACUUGUAAUCGUGAGUUCAAAUUUUCUUGGUUGGUUUUGUGACAUAACCAAAUAUUUGAAU